AUGCAUCGCCAAUCCAUUGUGCGACUGGCUCGCCAGUACGGAUCCUUUCCGCUGGCCGAAUUGCCCCCUGCGUAUCUUGCGCCCUCUCUCCAUUUCCCCCUAAACCGGUCGACCGUCCAGACCUCGAACUUUUCCUCCACCGCACCGGCUGCUGGCCGCGGCAAAGACUUAAACAAGCAACGCGCGGUAUCUGCAAUUCACCGGACCGGACCGCGAUUCAAGCUCGGAGUGUCAAAAUACCCCUUGCCCAAGCCUGUCUCGCCUGAGAACCUCGAGAAGCGUCAAAACACCCCGGACCAUGGACUCUGGGGAUUCUUCCCCAAGGACCGUCUCCCGUUGAGCACGCCGGAAUAUGAUAACGCGCAUGGCCGGUCCUGGUCCAUCCAAGAACUCCGCGAAAAGUCUUGGGAAGACCUCCACUGCUUGUGGUGGGUUUGUCUCAGGGAGAAGAACCGCAUAGCCACCUCAAACUUGGAAAGAAAGCGCCUGAAGGCUGGUUACGGAGAGUGGGAAGCCACGCAGCGAUACCAAACCAUUCGUGUCACACAGAACGGCAUCAAGCACGUCCUCCGAGAGAGGUGGUAUGCUUGGGAGGAUGCUCAGAACCUCUAUAAGAAGGGGUACCGACCUCAAAACGAUGAUGCCGAGGAGUCGGCGUAA